AUGAUAAUCCGGACACCACUUACCCUGCUAAUAACCCUAUUCUACCAAAUCUAUGCCGAUUCCGUCACCUCACGUUUCCGGUCUUUAUCUGUUAUGUUCAAAGAUAUUGCAUUAGAUAAAUUUGUUGCUUCCGAAUUCGAUUACGAUCGUUUCCUCCAAACUGCGGAUAAAAAUGCCGAAAAAUUUGUGCCUUUCCAAGACUCGAGCAACGAUACUUACUUCCGGGUAGGAUUGAUAGAUCGCCAUUCGCUCGAGAACUACACAAAACAUGAUUUUGACAAAGAAAUGCGAGACCUGAAAAAGAAGCCCUGGAUUCCGGUCAAGCGCAUAAAAGAAGAGCUCACAAAUUGCCUGCACAUGAAAUAUGGGAGCAUCAGUGAAAACGAUUUUAUGUACGACAAAGGGAUCUAUGGUUGGAUGAAUGUCAUGAAAUUUUCCUGCGCAUUAGUUGGAGAACAUUUCUAUGCUUUUGGGAUGGCAUUUUCAAAGACGAGGUUUCGUCUGAAACAAAUUCUAUUGAAGCGGCAACAGAGCUUUUGGUCGACAUCAGGAAGGAGUAUAGUUACAAGAGAUGUACAGAAAAUUGUUGAUUCAUUUUCAACAAGAUUUGCUGCCUCGGCGCAACGGCGUUUUGAUGCGGAAUUGAGUAAGAUCGCAGAAUCGACCCCAGAUUUUGAUGGCAACGCUUUCGUGAAUUUGAAUGAUAAGUUCAGGAAGCAUAUCUCUACGCUAUAUCCCAAAAAAUUUGAUCAUACUCCAUUGGUGAAAAGCAAAGUGCACCAGUUUAAUUCAAUUGCGUUAAAUGUUAAAACGAGGGUUAUGCUGUUGAAACCAACGGAGAUUUCAAAUACAGUGGAAAACUUUUCGAAAGAUCUAUCUGAUGAAGCGUGUGAAAUAUUAGAUGAUUGUCGAAAGGAGUUUUGUAUGAAGAACGAUACGAUUGAAUACGAGUAUGUAAAGAAAAACUCACAGCAUACCUUUUUCAAAGAACGAGCGGGAAUUGCAAGAUUAGGGCCACAGGAGUCGCUGAUGAUGUACACGAUUGCGAAGCCAACCUUCAAAUUUGAGAUUGUCAAGCGUUCGACGAGCAAAGGAUUGAUCGACUUGGAACAAAAAAUA